AUGACUCGUAAGGGUGUUUUAUGCUAUGAUUAUUUAGAUUCUAUAGAAAAAUUAAGUGAGACGGAGCUUCCUCCAAUAGAAUCAUUUAGAAAUUCUUUGGUUGAAGAGGAUUGUAACCAAGAUGAUUAUAAUCAUGCUGAGAAAGUUUGGUCACAUUUUAAAUGUAGUAAUUUAAGAGAAUAUCUUGAACACUAUUUAAUUACAGACGUCUUAAUUUUAUCAGACAUUUUUGAAAAAUUUAGAAUUGAUUCUAGAACAAUUUAUGGUCUAGAUCCCUGUCACUAUUAUACAUUGCCAGGUUUUUCGUGGGAUGCUAUGUUGAAAGAAACAGGUGUUAAGCUUGAACUUUUGACAGACAUCAACAUGUAUAACUUUUUCGCUAAGGGUAUAAGAGGAGGUUUAACACAAUGUAGCUUGCGACAUUGUAAAGCAAAUAAUAAAUAUAUGGUUGAUUAUGAUUCAAGUAAACCAUCUGAUUACUUAAUGUACUUGGAUGCUAAUAACCUAUACGGUUGGGCCAUGUCUGAUUACCUCCCACAUUCAAACUUUAAAUGGGUUGAACCUCCAACUAAUUUAGAUGAUAUUAAAGGCUGGUUAAUUUCAAAUAUAAACAUUGGUUAUGUUUUAGAAGUGGAUCUCGAGUACCCCCUAGAAAUACAUGAUAAUCAUAAUGAUCUUCCAUUCUGUCCUUCAAACAUUUCAUUGUCUGGUAAAUCCGAUAAAAAAUUAAUUGCUGAUUUGAAUAAUAAAGUUAAUUAUAUAAUUCAUUACAAAACAUUAAUUCAAUGCCUUGAUAAUGGUUUGGUGCUUAAGAAAAUUCAUAGAGUGAUGCAAUUCAAACAAUCUCAAUGGCUUAAAAAAUAUAUUGAUUUAAACAAUGAACUAAGAAAAAAAGCCACCACAAAGUUUGAAAAGGAUCAGCGUAAACUUUGCAAUAAUGCUGUAUUCGGAAAAACUAUGGAAAAUGUAGACAAACGAAAAGAUCUUCGAAUUGUCGAUUCUUUAGAAAGCAAAGGUACCCAUCUCGGUAGUCGCGCUCUUAUAGCUAAACCUAAUUUUCAUAGUAUAUUAGAAUUUUCGGAAACCAUGGCUGCUAUUCAGUUAAAACGAAUUCACAGUGGUUUAUCGAAGCUAGAAAAAAAAAAGAAGUAUAGAAUUCUGGCAGCCAGAAGAGUACUUACCCGUUAUGGUAAUAGAAUUGAUUUGGAGUUGGAGGACGUUAAGGUUUUCUUGCCUCAACAAAUAGAAGAACAAAUGUGGGAAGAAGGUGUAGCUGAACUACAUAAGCUCUGCCUGGAGGUGGUGGAGCCGUACGGUUCCUCAUUCCGCGUCGAGUUUCACAAAGAUGAACAGCUUGAACAGCAACAACAACAACAGUAA